CGGAAAAUGCUGGGAAACUAAUUGUUGUGAUCUUCCCCAGUUUUGGAGAGCGAUACUUGUCAUCUUCGCUGUUUGAUUCCAUAAGGCAGGAAGCCGAGAACAUGACAUGUGAUUGAGAUGGUUCCAGAAAUUUCCAGAUACAUUAUUCUUACAAGUAGAAUAUGGAGGACCAAUUUGCAAUCAAGAAAGAUGUUACUGAAUUAAUAGGAAAUACACCAAUGGUAUAUCUAAACAACAUCGUGGAUGGUUGUGUGGCCCAUAUCGCUGCUAAGCUAGAGACAAUGCAACCAUCAUAUAGUAUGAUCAAAGAUGCAGAAGAAAAGGGGUUGAUUACCCCAGGAAAGACUGUUCUCAUUGAGCCUACCAGUGGUAACACUGGAAUUGGGUUGGCCUUUAUUGGAGCAGUUAGAGGAUAUAAAGUGAUCCUCAUAAUGCCAAUAGUCUCUAGUAUUGAGAGGAGAAUUGUUCCACAAGCUUUUGGAGCUGAGGUGAUUCUCACUGACAUGUCAAAAGGCAUCCAGGGGGUUUUUGACAAGUCAGAGGAGAUCCUGAGUAAAACACCUAAUGGAUACAUUCUUCAGCAAUUUGAAAAUCCUGCCAAUCCAAAGAUCCAUUAUGACACCACUGGCCCAGAGAUUUGGAGAGAUUCAGGAGGGAAAGUUGAUGCCCUAGUUGCAGGGAUAGGAACUGGGGGUACGAUAACAGGGGCAGGGAAAUUCCUCAAAGAGAAGAACCCUGAUAUUAAGGUAUAUGGUGUAGAACCAGCUGAAAGUGCCGUCUUAAAUGGUGGAAAACCUGGCCCUCAUCUGAUCCAAGGAAUUGGCGCCGGAGUCAUCCCCCCUGUUUUGGACGUUGACAUUCUUGAUGAAGUUAUUCAAGUUUCUAGCGAGGAAGCUAUACAAACUGCCAAACAGCUUGCUUUGAAAGAAGGUUUGCUGCUUCGCAGUUCAACACUGUUGAAGUCCUCGGCUGCUUCUACACCUGAAAAUCCCGAGGUUAUUUUCUCGGGGAAAACACUCCAAUGCUCAAGUCAGUAAUAUCUAAUAUUUUAGAGAGAGAGGCUCUCAAGGAGUAAUUGCGGAGAGAGAAGCGUAUAGAUUUUCUUCCCUUCAUUGAGGUAGUUGGGAGGUAUUUAUAGCCCUUUGAUGCUGACAU